AUGAGCAAGGCCUUUCCUGUUCGAGAUCUUGGCAAUUUAUCUUUCUUUUUUGGUCUGGAGAUUGAUCACACUACGGCUGGACUGUUCAUCUCCCAACGAAAAUACAUCAACAACCUCCUCACCCACAGCAACAUGCUCCAAUGCAAACCCAUGUCCUCACCUAUGGCUGCUUCACUCAAGCUCUCCAAAUUUGAUUCACCUGACUUUGAUGAUCCAGCCCUCUACAGAAGUCUCAUUGGAGGUCUUCAAUACCUCAACUUCACUCGGCCAAAUAUCUCCUUUGCAGUGAACAAACUUUGCCCUAUUCUUCAAGCUUAUUAUGAUGCCGAUUGGUGUGGCUGUCCGGAUGAUCGUCAAUCAACAAGUGGCUUUUGCAUUUUUCUUGGCAACCAUCUCAUCUCAUGGAGCUCUAAGAAACAAAAAUUUGUGGCUAGAUCAUUUACUAAGGCUGAAUACAAAUCCUUGGCAUCCUCUGUCACUGAGCUAAUUUGGCUCUAA